CACUCCCGGGACGGCGGAUUGAGAAUUUUACAGCAAAUUCGUGUGCGAAUCGAGCCACGUGCUUGUCCAGCAGAAUUUUAAGAAACUUUAGAAAACCUGAAAUUUUGAGGAUUUUAAAUUAUUAUACGUAAUAAUUAACUUCAGCAAUUACUUGUUUGGUAGUGUGAGAGGUAUUUAACUUGAAUCGACUAAUUACUUCUGAUAACACGCCUGGCGACUCUGGUUCUGGUUGGGGCACGCUUUUAAGAUUUUUGAUUCAUCUCCUCGAAAUUAUAAAUCAUGGACAAUAACAAAGUUGAACCCGAAGAUGAGAUGGAUAUUGAACAAGCCGAUGACGACGACCAGUUUGAAGAUAUCGACGAAGAUGACGAUUCAUCUGGUGAAGACGACGACGACUCUUCUGAAGAAGAAGAAGAGGGUGGUGUCGUUCUGGGGGGUGGUGGGGAAGGAAAACAAACAAAGAAGCAAAAAUUAGCAAAAAUCAAAGCCGAAAUGAAAUCGAAAUCUAAACCGGCCGACGAUUCCUCCGCCUCCACCUCUAAGAAAAAAGAUAAGAGUAAAAAGAAAGCAUACCUUCCAGGAAUGCUUAUCGCCGAGGGAGAAUCUUUAAUUUGUGACGAAUCUGCUUACACAACCCUCCACACUUUCACCACCUCUGCGCCAUGUCUCUCGUUCGACAUUAUUCGCCCCGACGGUGGUGGCAACGACAGGACGACGUUCCCCUUGACGUCGUACCUCGUGUCGGGCACACAAGCGCAACGCAGCCACGCCAACAAUCUCAUCGUCAUGAAGUUGUCCAACGUGUACAAGACGAAGCCCAAGGGGAGUGAUGAUGAACUGAGUGACGACGAGUCGGACGGUGGGGAUGAGGAGGAUGACGCCAUGACGAAAAAGCCGGAACUUGUGGCUGCCCUAGUUCCACAUCACGGAUGCGUGAACAGGCUCAAGUUUCGUUUCGUGGGGGAGAGACCGCUGGUCGCGACGUGGUCCGAGUUGGGAAAGGUGUCAAUUUGGGAUAUAGGUGUGCCAUUGAGAGUCUUGGAUAAUGGAGAGCACCUUCAAGACUAUAUAAAAUCGAAGGAAAAGCCCAAGCCGCUCUUCACCUUUAAAGGUCAUCGGGGAGAAGGGUUCGCGCUGGACUGGUCUCCCACCAUGCCGGGCGUUCUAGCUUCCGGCGAUAAUACCAAGUUUAUCCACAUAUGGCGUCCCCACGAGUCCGGCUGGCUCGUCGAUCAACGCCCCUUCUCUGCCCACACUGCCAGCGUCGAGGACAUUCAGUGGUCACGCAGCGAGCAGCACGUUUUCGCGUCAUGCUCCGUCGAUAAGAGCAUUCGGAUCUGGGACGCUCGUUCUCCUCCCAACAAAGGCUCGAUGCUGUGUCGACCCGACGCCCACGCGAAGGAUAUCAAUGUCAUAUCUUGGAACGGGAAGGAUCCCUUUCUCGCCUCGGGAGGAGACGACUGUGCCCUCAAAGUUUGGGAUCUCCGCUCCUUCUCUUCCGCCACGGUUGACCCCGUCGCCGAGUUCAGCCACCACCACAAAGGCCCCAUUUGCUCGGUUGAGUGGAGUCCACAUGAGUCAUCCGUUCUCGCCUCAGCAGGAGAAGACGACCAGGUCGCCAUUUGGGACUUGGCGUUGGAAAAAGAUGCAGAGGAAGAAGGAGGAGGAAAUGACGAGGAUGAAGCCGCCGUUCCUCCGCAGCUGCUGUUCAUCCACCAAGGUCAACAGGAUAUCAAAGAGGUCCAUUGGCACGACCAGAUCCCCGGCGUUCUCUUCACCACCUCCGCCACUGGAUUCAACGUCCUCAAGCCUGUUAAUUUAUAACUGAUGCAAAUUAAUCUAUUUGGUAGAUGUAUUGAGCGACGAUGAUUUUUGUACAUGUACGGCGGUGACGAUGGUAAUUGACAAUUUGGUGUAACUUUUUAACGUAAUUUCCCAAGAUUAUAAUUUUUGUUAGCAUUUCUUCUAAAAUUAAAAAUUUGUCAGGUACUAUAUAUUAUAAUAUAUGUCAUUUGAAAUAAAAUGUAAUUCAAGAAAAUAA